CACAGGAUGAGUCACAUGGUGAGGUCAAAAUACACGCAGAGAGAAAAGUGGUUCUUUUCUGUGGCAGGACGAGCGCAGCACUACAGAGAGUCAUCCAAACAUGGAGGAAAAUCUGAGCAUCUUUAGUUCUGCACGGCUCUUUGAGAAGGCGCCCACUGGCAAAGGCAAAGACAGAUCCACCAUUGAGUGCGUGGAGUGGUUCUGCAGCAACCUUUAUGUCGGAUUAAAGGACGGAACGGUUCAGCAUCUGAGUGUGUUGAGCUCGAGUGGUGGAGAAAGGCCUGAAAGAGUGCGCGAGGUGGGGAGGAGGCAGAUGGGCCGGGGUGGGGUCGUCAGCCAGCUGAAGGCAGUCCCAGUUCUGAACCACCUUCUCGUGCUCUGGGACGGCUCUGUCACCACGCUAAACAUGUUCUCCCUGGAGCCCGUCCCAGGCCUGAAGAAGAUCCAGAACGUCUCUGUGUUUUACGUCAGCCAGCCUGCUGCUCACUCUCAGCCUGUUUUCGUCAGUCUCUUCACAGCCUCCACCAAACGCAGAGUGCUGAGCAUUCACAAGGUGUAUGUGGACAGAUGGGAGAGUGUGGGCCAUGUGGCUCUGCCUCAGGACCCCGUGGCUCUGGCCGUGUAUGAGACCUGUCUUUGUGUGGCCACGACUGACAGAUACAUUCUCCACGAUUACUUCACUCAGAGCACUCUCGAUCUGUUCCCACACGACCACGCAAAACAAAACAUCAUCGUCAGUGAAAGCGGGAAAGGAGAGUUCCUCCUAAACGGGCCUGGAAAUCUGGGCAUGUUUGUGAUGAAGGACGGUGUGUCUGAACGGCCUCCUGUGCAGUUGCCUGAUGGGGUUCUGGACGCGGUGGUAGAUUUCCCCUAUGUGCUGGCUCUGCAGAGUCAGACCCUUUAUAUCUACAGCAUGCUGGACCAGCGGCUCAAACAGACGAUUUCCAUGCAAAGCGCCAAAGCUCUUCUCUCCACCACAGAAAGUGUGCUUGUAGUGGCUGAGAGGGAAAUUCACUGGCUGUCACAGACGCCCCUGCAGGAUCAGAUUCAAGGCCUGCUCAGAUGUGAGCGAGCAGAUGAGGCAUUGACACUGCUGGACGGAGUUCAAGCACUUUUGCCUGAGGACUCUUACAAGAACCUGCACAGGAGUAUUAUCUGCAUAUCUGGGUGGUUAAAGUUUUACAGAGAAGCUUUUCUCGACGCCAAAGAGCUUUUCAUUAAAGGUGGCCUGGACCCGAGGGACAUCAUCAGUGUUUACCCAGCAAUGACUGUCAUCAGUUCAGACUUUAAAUCCCAGCGUCCUGCUGUAAGCAAUGCCAAAGACCUGUGGAGGUUAAGUAGGGAUGACUGGCCAACAUUUCAACAGUACCUGAGCUUCCUCAGCCAUUUCUUAAGAGAGACCCGCGGGACAGUCCGGGGUCAAAUCUGCCCUCAGGAUGUCGACACAGCACUACUUAAACUGUAUUUAGAGCAGGGCGAUGACGAAAACCUGGAGCAGCUUGUGUCGUCUCCUAAUGACUGCGUACUCCAUGUGUGCUUGCCAGAGUUGGAGCAUCACAAAAGAUUUUUCACCAUGGGAUUGCUCUACCAGAGCCAGGGUCAACAUUUCAAUGCAAUUCAGACGUGGGUGCGGAUUGUGGAUGGGGUGUGUGUGGACUUGCGGCCUGGUGUGUUUCCACACAUCGUGAACACUCUCUGUCAGCUCAAGCAGAAAUCCAUCAUCAUGAAAUUCAUAGACUGGGUUCUUCAAAGGGACCAGAAGGUUGGGGUGUUGAUUUUUACCAAAAGAGACCCAGACGACCAAAGCACAUUUGCACCAGAAGAAGUUCUAUCAUUCUUAUCAAACUACCCAGCGGCUUCAACUCUGUAUUUGGAAUAUUUGGUCCAUGAGCUGCACAGCAAGGAAGAGAAGCACCACACUCUGCUGGCCACCAUGUACAUCACUCACAUCCUCCAGACUGCACAGAGGACACAGGACAGUGAUGUAAACACAGAGAUGAGAGAAAAACUGCAGCAGUUACUGUGGUACUCCUCCAUCUACAACACUGAUGCUGUACAAGCAAAAAUAAAGUCAUCAGCCCUCCAUGUGGAGAAAGCUAUCCUGCUGGGGCGAGCUGGCCAGCACAGGACAGCCCUGCAGAUUCUAGUCAACCAAGAAAAAGACCAUGAGGCUGCGGAAAACUACUGCAGGAGGACCUCUGCUGGACAAGGCCGGGAAUUCACCCAGCAGCUCUUCCUCUGCCUUCUCCAGGUCUAUCUGGAGUCCAAUCAGAGCGUGACUGCGGUGGUGGAUCUCCUCAACAACAACGCCAUGACUUUUAAUCUGGUCAGGGUGCUGCAAGUCCUGCCCAGCUCCUGGUCCCUCCAGCUGGUGAGGCGUUUCCUGUGUGAGUCGCUGAGAGGGACGGUGCAUGAGAGGAGGAUGAGAGGCCUGGAGAAGAACCUGGCCAAAGUGGAGCACCUCAGGCACAAACAUGCCUGGAUGGAAGCAACACAAGAAAAGGUCAAACUCGACAGAAGCCGUGUAUGUCACUCUUGUCGGCGGCAGCUCAUGGGGCCUGAGUUUCUGCGCAGGCCUACUGGGGAGCUCAUCCACACUCACUGCUACACUGCAGACAAGAGCCUCUGAGCGCUUAACAGAGGCUGAACAAAGGCCAGCAAAAGUCAUACAACUCAAAAGGACAAAGCAAGAAGGUGGAUCCUAAAUAUUAGUGGCUAAUCGGAAAUGUUUUGAUUGGUGGUUCUGUUUUUUAUGGAUUCUUGGAAAAUGGCUUUUAUUAUGUGUAUGUUCAAAACAACAUAAAUGCAGGCUUUUGGAUGCCUGCUGCUACUGUUUUUAGCUAUGUGAUGUACUUUUGUCGAUGUAGAUAACAGUCUGUUAUACAGCGUAAGAAACCACAUGCGCAACUCUAUUAGAGAUUAAUUAAAGGGACACAACAAUUUAGCCAUUGAUUAACUGCAGUAUUCUCUGGAGUGAGAUUUUCCAGUUUAAAGACUAGAAAACCCCCCUUCUGAUGAUGCACCAUGGACUUUUGAAAAACUACAACUGCUCUAGGGUGGAUUCUUGGUAGGUGGGCCGUUUUUAAUGUUUUUAAAGGUGGGCUGCUUUUAAAGGAAAGCCUAUAGCAA